ACCAAACCAAACCAAACCAAACCAAACACCUUUUAUUUUCUCUUAUUAAACACCCUAAUUAGGAUGGCAAACACUGUCGACAAGUACUUUGAUCUCGUUGAUCAGAACCAGCAAAAGUUUAUCGAGACUCUGCGCGAGGUCGUCGAGAUCCCGAGCGUCAGCAGCGACGCAUCCAAGCGCGGCGAAGUUGUGCGCAUGGGCGAGUGGCUGCAGGCGCGGUGGGAGCAGCUGGGUGCACAGUGCAAGCGCAUUGACCCGGGCAAGCAGAUUCUCGAGGGCGAGGAGCUCGACCUGCCGCCCGUGAUCCUGGGGCAGUACGGCAACGACGCCAACAAGAAGACGGUGCUUGUGUACGGGCACUACGACGUGCAGCCGGCGUUGCUCGAGGAGGACCCGUUUACGCUCGUGGAGAUGGACGACGGGCGGCUGGUCGGGCGCGGAUCAACGGACGACAAGGGCCCGAUUCUCGGGUGGCUGCUGUGCGUCGAGACGCAUAAGCAGGCUGGGCUGGACUUCCCGGUCAACCUCAAGUUCUGCUUCGAAGGCAUGGAGGAGAGCGGCAGCGAGGGCCUGGAUGCCAUUAUUAUCGACCAGGCUGACAAGUGGUUCAAGGGUACGGACGUCGUGUGCAUCAGCGAUAACUACUGGCUGGGCAAGAACAAGCCGUGCCUGACGCACGGGCUGCGCGGCGUCAGCUACUUCCACCUGGAGGUCGAGGGCCCUGGCGCCGACCUGCACUCGGGCGUCUUUGGCGGCACCGUGCACGAGCCCAUGGUCGACCUGGUGCACCUGCUGUCCAAGCUGGUCGACACCAACGGGCGCAUCCAGAUACCGGGCAUCUACGACCAGGUCAUGCCCGUGACCGACGAGGAGGAGCUCACAUACGAGAACCUCGAGUUCAGCCACGUUGCGCUCGCCACAGACCUCAAGCACGACGUCAUUAUCCACGCCGAAGAGCGCGACACGCUGAAGCACCGCUGGCGCUACCCCACUCUGUCGAUCCACGGCGUCGAGGGCGCGUUCUACUCGCCCGGCGACAAGACAGUGAUCCCGGCCAAGGUCAAGGGCAAGUUCUCGCUGCGCACGGUGCCCAACAUGGAGCCCAAGCGCGUCGCCGAGCUGGUGACGGCGUUCCUCGAGAAGGAGUUUGCCAAGCUGGGCAGCAAGAACCGCAUGCGCGUUAUCGAGACGCAUGGCGGCCGCUGGUGGUACUCGUCGCCUAACCACCCUAACUUUGUGGCUGGCGCGCGCGCCACCGAGCUCGUGUACGGCGUCAAGCCUGACUUGACGCGCGAGGGCGGGUCGAUUCCGGUCACGCUGACAUUCGAGGAGAACCUCAAUGUCAACGUGCUGCUGCUGCCGAUGGGCGCGGCCGACGACGGCGCGCACUCGAUCAACGAGAAGAUCGACCGCCGCAACUACAUCCAGGGCAUCAAGCUGCUGGGCGCGUACCUGCACGAGGUUGCUGUGACUGAUAUGACUGCCUGAGUUGUGGGUGAGGGGCCUGAGUUUUGGUGUGGCCCGCGAGGGAAAGAGUGGCCCUGUUUUAACUGCAGCUGGCCGGUCACAUUACCACUGCAGUGUGCGCGCACGGCUUGGCUACUCGCUUUACGAUCUUGUCGAGAUUGGCAAAUCGAUGGGCAUUCGACAACCAAAGAGCUGGCGCCACCUGUUUCUCUCCCUCCCUCGUAACCCAUGCACUCGCUCACUCCUUCUUUUUUAAGCCCUUUGCUCUGCUUUGCUUUAAA